AUGCAAGCUCUCAAAGAUGUCGCUUUGAGGCUACUCAAUGUCUAUGUCUCGCCCUAUGUAGAUAAUCUAAACGCCCAAGACCUGUCCGUGUCGGUCUUUGGAGGCAACCUUCAAUUUCACGGUCUUCACCUCAAAAAAUCACUCCUUGAACGUUUUGGCUUACCGAUUGAAAUAGUCGCCGGCGACAUCGGAAACCUCUCCGUGACCAUACCAUGGACACAACUGAAGACUCAACCAGUCAAGAUCGUCAUUGACGACGUCUACGUCCUGGCGAGAGCUCGUCCUCCUGGGAAGGUGGAUCCUGAGGAGGAUGAACGAAUCGAGCAAGCCACCAAACAGGACAAGCUGAAAAGCGCCGAGGCUGUAGAUAACGCCGCCAGUCAAGUAGGAGCUCCAGGAAACGAUGAGUCCAAGCAAACAUACAUCGGUGCUAUCGUCUCCAAGGUGGUUGACAACGUACAGAUACACGUCAAAGGCAUUCAUGUACGUUAUGAGGAUGGAACAAGUACACCAGAGCACCCAUUCGCAGCCGGUCUAUCCUUGGAUGAAUUCAAAGCCGUAUCCACAGACGAAAAUUGGGUGGAGGCCUUCAUACACGACAGCGUCAAAGGCGUCCACAAAUUGGUCAAACUCUCGGCACUCUCAGUCUACUUCGAUACCGACACAGGCAGUAUCGACAAAGGCUCAGAUGACCGUCAAGGUACCAUUGAUGCUUUAAAAGAGAUGCUUGCUUCCCCUCCCACUCAUCAAUAUAUUCUUAAACCAGUCACUGGCGAAGCUCGAGCCAUCAUGAACCACCACAUGUCCAGAGAUACUCCCAAAGUCGAUGCUCAAGUCAUAUUUGACGAGAUCGGAGUCGUAUUUGAUCGUGAUCAGUAUCGUGAUGCUCUAUCUGUACUCGAUGUCUUCCACUUUUUCCGCAGAACUCAUCGUUAUCAUAAAUUCCGCCCGCCGGAGGAAGACUUCAAAGCCAAUCCCGCAAGAGCGAGACUCAAGUUUGCUCUGAAUGCCAUCGGCGCAGAGGUACACGAAAGGCAUCGACGGUGGACCUGGGACUACCUUGCCGAGAGAAGAGAUACGAGAAAGAAAUAUGUUGAGUUGUACGUCAAGAAGUUGGCUUUACCCGAAGGAAAGCUGCUUCCGGCCGAAGAAGGUACAACGCUCGCUGAGAUGGAAAGAAAGCUCUCUUAUGAGGACAUCCGCUUCUUUCGAUCGGUUGCUCGAGCAAAGGCCAAAGAAGAUGCCGCUACCCGUAGAAAACUCGAAGCGGAGCGAAGAAAGGACACUCCCCAGCGACAGACUUGGGGUCAAUGGAUUUGGGGAACAGGGGGCCAGUCUAGUGAAAACGGUGGCAUGUCAGCAGAGGAGAAGAAAGAAAUCGACGAUAUCAUUGACUACGAUGCCGCCGUCGCUGCCGCUGCAUCACCUGCCUCAACUCCCAAAGAUUACAUGCGGGCACGAAUGUCAGCUCGUCUCAAUAAAGGUUCUUUCGUGCUUCGUACCAACCCUCAUGGCCAAAACAAUGACAUCAUUUCACUCGUCUUCGAUUCCUUCACCGCCGACGGUGUCCAAUUGACCGAGUCAGUGAAAGGAAAGAUUGCUCUGGGAGGUUUCAGGGUGUACGACGGCACCAAUCCCAAUUCAUUACAUCCUCAAAUCGUCAGAGUGAAAGACAUCGAGGCCAACUCCAGGAGCAGAAGUCGCCAAGCUAGUUUGCCCGAGGAGGGCACCGAGGAGGUCAUAGAGGAGAUCAGUGAUUGUGUGCCCAAGGACGAAGAUCCUUUCUUCGUCAUGGAAGUAGAGCAGAAUCCUCUCGAUGGACGAGCCGACAGCGCGCUUACUGUCAAAAUGCGUCAUCUGGAAAUCAUUUACCAUCCGGGAUACGUCGAGGCAGUCUUUCAAUUCUUCAAGCCACCGGCUAGUCAACUCGAAUCCAUCAAUGCACUACUCGAUGCGGCCGGGCAAACUCUCGAUGGCAUACGAAAAGAAACGAGGGCAGGUCUGGAAUACGCGUUGGAACAACACAAGACGGUCGACAUCAAGGUCGACAUGAACGCACCGAUCAUUGUGAUCCCUAUGGAUGUGACUGUCAAAGACUGUCAGACCUUGGUCUUAGAUGCUGGUCAUAUAGCAGUUGAGAGCAAGUUGGCCGAUAAGGAUCAGCUCCAUGAUGUGCAGAGCAAGCGAGGAAGAGAAUAUAAUGAGGACGACUACAAACAGCUCGAAGAUCUAAUGUACGAUAGUUUCCUGCUUCGACUUGAAUCGACUCAGGUUCUCAUUGGGAACAAUAUCGAAUCUUGCAUGCAAACCAUCGAGCACCCUUCCAAUGGUGUCGACACCGAACUACACAUCCUUGAGCGUAUCAACAUGUCUUUCACAGUGCAAAACGCAAUUGUCAAUGCCCCCAAUCUGACCCGAUUCAAAAUUACAGGUGAUUUGCCUGAGCUGCGCGUCAAUUUCUCAGAUCGCAAAUACAAAUCUUUAAUGAAGUUCAUCGAUGUCGCGAUUCCCAAAUUUGGUGAUGAUGAGGCUGUCGAGAAGCCUUCACGCUCUACCGGUGCCGAUCACCAAUCGUUCCGACCACAGAGAAUCGAGGAAUACAAUCUCGACGAUACCCAUUCUAUAUCGUCCCACCCGGUCGAUCAACACGACGACGAUAACAAGAGUAAUAAUGAGUCCGCCACGGCUGCGGAGCACUUCUAUCCGGCUCGUGAUGACACGACUGAGACACAACGACGCGCACUUAGGCAAGUCACAUUUCAGUUUUCGUUCACGGUCGGUCGUCUCCAGACUUCCCUCUUCCGCUCUAUCUCGGCUAGUAUGGAGCGGCCUCUCGCCGAUGCCUCCCUUGUCGACUUUGGACUCACUUUCUCUUUGCGAAAAUACGACAUGUCAGUCGACUUAUACCUGCGUUCCCUGGCUCUGGCCAUGAUCGAACCUGAUCGAUCACGUCGAGGUAUCUUGUCAUCUGCUGGUGAUGGCAACGAGUCUGCCUCUGACGUCAAGCUGGUACAAGUCAAAUACUUCCGAGUGCAAAAAGAUUCUCCGGAGUUCAUGACAAAAUACGAGGGUGUGGACCAGAGUAUCGACACUGAGCUAUCGACGUUCAAGAUCACUUGUGCACCAGAACCUAUCAUAUCCCUGUAUGAUUUCAUCAUGACAACGUUCGUCCCCAAGAACGAUGCCUCAAUUGAACAAGACGAGACUGACGGAGAACCGAUGGAGACCAUCAGUUCGAAGGAGGCACCGAAGUCCAGCGACAAAAUUCGCGUCAGAGUCAAAUUGACCAGCGCCCAGGUCUCGCUGGAGAACAAUGGCGAUAAGUUUGCACUUCUCGCUCUGCCCUCUGCCGAUGUGGCCAUAAUUCUCAGAGCCGGGACGUUACGUGUCGCUGCCCGACUAGGAAGUCUCUCCCUCGCCGACCUCUCAGAGGGUCCGACCGCUCUUCCUGAAUUCAAAAAACUCCUGUCCAUCGAAGGUGAUGAACUCGCGGACUUCAGUUACGAAACUUUCGAUCCGUCGGACAAGGAGACAUUCCCGGGGUACAACUCGUCUGUCAAUCUUCGUGCCGGCUCUCUCAAGUUCACCUUCAUGGAGAAGCCUAUGCAGGACCUGUACGUCUGGGCAUUGAAGUUUGCAAGGAUGAAAGCGGUCUAUGAUGCGGCUUCGCAAGCUGCGGUACAACGAGCGUCCGAAGUCACUCGAAUGCACUACGAUGUAGUUAUCAAAACGCCCAUCAUCGUCCUACCUCGCCACGGACUUGACUCACCCGAUAUCCUCAUCCUACGACUGGGUGAGAUCACAGCCAAGAACAAAUAUCUCGGUGAUCCGAAUGACACAAGUACACUCAAUGCUAGCUUGAGCGGAAUCAGUGUUACUUCCCAGCUGUAUGUCGAAGAACAACCUGCCGACUUGCAAAUGGUGGAUGAUGUGACGAUUUCUGCUUCUGUCAAGCAAGCAGGUGGAACAAGUCAUAGGUCGGAUCCUCAUCAGGCAGAUACAGAGGUCACUUUGCACAUGUCCGAUGUCAAUUUGUCCUUGACCCAACGCCAGUACAUCGUGCUCAUGGCCGUACUGGAGUCAAUCCCUCGAGCAUUGAGUGAUAUCGGAGGAGCCGCAGACAUCCCCGAAUCUAUGCCCUCCUCCGCACCAGCUUCAGCCCCACCGACUCCGGCGAGUGAACAUGAAGCCGAACCACUAGUGAACCUUGAGCCUGAGCUCACCCCAAUCAAGAAGAUAGCUGGAUCUUCCCCGGAACUUUGGACCUCGGUCGACCUCGAGUUCUCCGUUUCGACGAUCGCUUUCGAGGUGUACACCUCGGACGCCACGGCGGAGCAUAAUCUGAAACGAUGCAGCAUUGCUCGUUUUGCGCUGGUCCAGACGCACGUCGGCAUGAAGCAGUUGUCGGACGGUGCAAUGGAGGCGGAAGUGUCUUUGAAGACUUUGGCGUUUUCGAACACUCGUGCGGGUAACAGUGUCUUCAGGGAUAUCAUACCCUCGGCGAGUCACGAAGGUAAUCAAAUGAUGCUGCAGUAUACCAGAUCGGGAGGGAAAGAUCCCUCAGCUUUAGCGGUCGUGCAGAUUGACAGCCCAAGGUUCAUUCUCGCUGUGGAUCCUUUGGCUGCUCUCCUCGAAUUUGCGGUCAGUCCAUUCAAAACUCAAACGGACUCUCGCCCAGAGCCCGAGUUGGAGGAUGAGGAGGAAGACAUCAAGGAGAGUCCCAACCCUAACUCGCUCGCUUUCCGUGUUGAAAUCGUCGACUCCACCGUCAUUGUCCUUGCCAGUGAUUCCGAUCCAAGAACUCAAGCCAUCCAGCUAGGUAUCAAGGAAGUGAUCGUAUCCCAACAAGGGAUUAUGGCUCUCAAAGUCGAACAGCUGGGCAUGUCAUUUGGUCGUAUGGACAAACCAAAAGAUCGUGUCCGGUUCCUGGACGAUGUUAAUGUGGCUCUCUCUCUCGACAACAGGACGAGAGGGUCUCAACAGAUGACGAGCUUCGAAGUGGAGGUGCCGGACCCCAUCAUUUUCCGUGCAUCUUAUAACGACAUCAUGCUCAUCAUGGAUAUCGUCAACAAAGCAGUGGACGUAGCCAACAAAGCUCUUGCACCACCGGAAGAUACAGCAAAGAAACCAGAUAGACGGAGAAGUUUGAUGAGUGACUCUAUGGCCGAUGCCACGAGUACGGCGGUGGUACCUACCACCAAGACGACCUCGACGAGACGAACGUCCAUCAGCAAGAGGAGAUCUGGCUUACCCAAGUCCAAAGUCCUCGUUUCUAAAGAGCAGCUCAAAGCGAACUUUAACGGCUUCCAGUUUGUCCUCGUGGGUGAUAUACAUGAAAUGCCUAUGGUCCAUCUGUCGACCAACGAAUUCACAGUUUUGAUCAACGAUUGGUCGGGAGAUAUGAAGAUGGCAACAUCUCUCACAACUUCCAUCCGAUACUUCAAUCUUGCGAACUCAUAUUUCGAGCCUCUGAUGGAUCCGUGGAACUUCGACGUCAGAGUAACUCGUUCCUCUGCCGGUCCUACUUCAAGUCCCCUGAGUGUUCGCGUGUCCGCGGCACAACGUCUCGAGCUGAAUCUCUCAUCUGCAUUCAUUGAGCUUGCCAUCACCAGUAUGACGGUAUGGAGCAGAGAAGCGCAGAAACCGCGAGAGAAUAGGGGACAAGAUGCUCCUUUCCGAAUACGGAACAGAACGGGUUUGGCCCUGCUGCUAUGGCCCGAAGCCAAUGACUUGAAUAAGCCCAUCUCAGGUGUCAAGCGAUUGGACGAUGGAGCGGACGUCCCGUGGCGAUUUGAAGAUCGGAGACAUACCAGAGAGGCUAGUCACAACGUUUCCGCAUUCCGGCAUAAUGCUCUGGGAAUUCAGCUCCAGGACACACCGUGGGAAUCCCUUCGAGGUAUCUCGGUGGAUCGUGAAGGCGAACACAUCCUGACUCUGCGCCCAAGACUGGACAAGGUGUCGCAUCAACUUACUUGUGAAAUUCACCUGGACAACAACAUCAAGAUAAUCACCUUCCGCUCAACAUUGAACGUGGAGAAUCAAACCAGUUUGCCUGUUGAGAUGAUUGUAGUUGACUCUCAUGGUAAAGCGUCGCAAGGCGCGAUGAGGAUCAAUCCUGGAGAAUCUUGCCCUCUUCCACUCGAGGCGGCUUAUGAGAAACGAUUCCGCCUGCGACCACUUCGUGGUUUCGGAUUCGAUUACGGCUGGUCCAUGCCUCUCCAUUGGCGGCAACUAAUGACCCGACCAAUCCGUCCCAUCAGCUGCAAACAUCAGACACCAACAGAGCCAGCUUUCUUCUUCCAGGCCCAAGCCAACUUUAAUGCCAAAGAUCCCGCCGCGAGAAUCUACCCACAAAUGUCACUGAUGCUCCGGGCUCCAGUCGAGGUUGAAAAUCUUCUCCCGUACGACAUCAAGUUCCGUAUUCACGACAAGAACAUGGGCUUGAGCUCGAGUAAUUUUCUCGUAAAGGGAGGUUCAAGCCCUAUUCAUACUGUCGGACUGUCCCAUCUCCUUCUGUUGAGCGUAGCGCCUGAAGAUACCAAUCUCAAGCAAAGCGACUAUGCUAUCAUCAACACUGAUGACCCGGAGUUACCGACUGAGAAUCACUUCAGUUUGGCAGACCAACAGGAUCUCAAACUCAUACUCAAGUUGCAUUACUUCACAUACCCCGAUUCAGGCGGAGCUUUCAAAGUGCAGGUCUACAGUCCUUACGUCUUUUUGAACAAGACCGGUUUGUCCUUCGACCUGGCUGCAAAGACAUGGACAGGGGGUCAAAAGCCUGUUGCUGGUCGGGAUUUGUUCGGAAUGUUCAGCUUCCCCAACGAAGACAGACGAAAUCGACUCUUCCUUCGUGUCAACGAUUCUAGAUGGUCCGAUCCUCUGUCCUUCGACACUGUAGCGGCAGACAUGCAAGUCGUCAUACAAUCGCAAGAUGGUAACAGCGAUACGUACGUGGGACUGUCAUACGCCGAAGGUUUAGGCAAGUUCAAGCUCACCAAGGUCAUAACUAUUGCCCCUCGAUUCCUGAUGACGAACAAGUUCACGCACGAUAUUAGAGUCCGUCAGCAAAACACAGAUCGGGUGAUCAACAUCGUCCCAGGGGACAAGCAGCCCAUAUUUGAGUUACGUCAUGAUGCUCCGCCUCAACUUUGCAUCGCUUUCGAUGAGGUCAAUCAGAAAUGGUCUGCACCUUUCAGUCUCACAGACAUUGGGCGUACGCAUGUGACUCUUGAAAGACAAACAGCUCGCGGACCCAGGACGUAUUUGAUGAGGCUCGAAACACAUAUUCAGAGUUCGAAUAUCUUCCUGUAUGUUUCACGGGAGACAGAACCUUGGCCCCUCAAGUUACGGAACGACACGAACCUGAAGUUCCAGUUCAGGCAAGUCAGCGAUGAUACAUCUCCCCGAGACUGUCCAGUACGGGAUUUGCCCCCUCAUGGCAAUGUGGAGUAUACCUGGGAUUACCCGACCGCUUCUAACAAGCACUUGCAGCUAGCUCUGGAUGGUGUCCCUGUACCUGGUGGUAUUGAUAUGUUGGCCAUCGGGGUUCAGCCCCCCAUCAGAGUGCCCUCAAGGCAGUCGGGGAAGAAAGCUGAGACCGUGUCAAUCGAUAUACAGGCCGACGGCAGCUCUCAGCUUCUAAUCAUCUCGCCCUACGUGGAAGAAACAAGUUUAUACAAACCUACCCGCCGUGGUGUAGGACCUGUCCGUCGUUCCGACAGUACGGACAGUCUCAGUACUACCGGUUUCGAAACUGUCGUCGUAAACGAGAAGCCGAGCUUGUCCAUUAUGGUUGAGCUGGAGGGCAUCGGCAUUUCUGUCAUCACCAAACGGCCUGACGAGCUCAUCUACAUGUCAUUACGGGGACUCAAGGUCGGUUACACCGACUAUCCGCAGUAUUAUGACGCGAUGCUCGACUGCAAAUGGAUCCAAAUCGACAAUCAGCUCUUUGGCGGUUUAUUCCCCAUCAUCCUUUAUCCCACGGUCGUGCCCAAAGAUGGGAAGGAGUUGGAGUCUCAUCCUACCUUACAAGCCUCCGUUGCACUUCUCAAGGACCGAUCACACGGCGUUAUCUUCGUCAAAUAUGCUACGAUCUUAUUGCAGGCGAUGACCGUUGAGCUUGACGAAGACUUUUUGUUCGCUCUUCUGGACUUUGUCAAGUUCAAAGACGCUUCUUGGAGGGAGCCUGCACAAGAUGUUCUAAUUGAACAUCCGAAGGAUAUCCCUGAACCCGAUAUAACCUCUGCCACCGCGGAUGUGUUCUUCGAAGCGCUUCAGUUACAACCGAUCUCAUUGGAGUUGUCGUUCAUGCGUACAGAUCGCGUGAACGUGGAUGAAAAGGUUUCCACUCGAAAUCCCUUCUACUAUGGCUUGAACGCACUUACCAUGGCUCUGGGCAAUGUCAACGCUGCGCCGGUCAACUUCCGGGCGCUCUUCCUGGAGAAUGUCCGACUAAGCAUCCCUUCUCUGCAAGAGCGUAUCGUUCUGCACUACCAGGAACAAUUCAUGGCCCAGAUCUAUCGCGUUCUCGGUCGUGCCGAUUUCCUCGGUAACCCGGUCGGGUUGUUCAAUAAUAUCAGUUCUGGCGUGUCGGACAUCUUCUAUGAACCGUAUCAAGGUAUGGUGAUGCACGGCAACAAGAACAUCGGGCUGGGCAUUGCUAGGGGUGCAACGAGUUUCGCCAAGAAAACUGUAUUUGGUAUCAGUGAUAGUAUGACCAAAUUCACCGGUAGUAUUGGCAAAGGUCUUUCCGCGGCUACCUUGGAUGCCGAAUAUCAGAGCAAGCGUCGGAUGAACAAGAAACGGAACAAGCCGAAACACGCAUUAUACGGUGUAGCCGCUGGCGCGAGCGCCUUUGCGGACAGUGUGACCAGUGCGUUUGAAGGAGUUGCUUCAAAACCGAUGGAAGGUGCUGAGAAGGAUGGCGCGGCCGGUUUCGCCAAGGGUGUUGGGAAAGGCGUUGUGGGUCUGUUCACUAAACCAGUUGUGGGAGUGAUGGACUUUGUGUCUGCUUCCACGGAAGGAAUCAGAAAUACAACAACCGUAUUUGAUCAACAAGAGUUGGACAGAGUGCGACUUCCACGAUUCAUAGCCACUGAUGGCGUCUUACGACCGUUCUCAGCCCGAGAGGCAUUAGGCCAAUCAUGGCUCAAAGAUCUAGACGCCGGUGCAUACUUCACCGAAUCGUACGUCGCCCACCUCGACGUUCCGGGCGACGAUGCAGUUGCUAUCCUGUCAACAAAUCGAUUAUUGUUCGUUCAGUUGCGUAAGCUCAAGGUGGUAUGGCAAGUUCCCUUUGAGGAAUUGCAAUCACUCUCUUUGGAACAGACUGGGAUCGCAUUGACGCUUCGGGGUGGGACACCAGGUCCGUUUUUACCCAUCAGUGAACAGACAGGAAGGGAAUGGUUCUUCAAGCAUAUUGGAAAGGUGGUCGUUGCGUACAACAAGACUCACAGUCAGAAGGAAGACUGA